CAUAAUUAUUAAGUUGAAUUUUUUGUUUCUGAGUUAUAAUAACAAAAUGUGUACAAAAAGUAUGGAAUUGAAUUAUGUAAUUAAAGAGUUACAAACAUGUACAGAAGACACUGCUAUUUUCAGAAAAUUGAUAAACUUUACUUCAUCAUGCAAAGAACCCUGGGAUGAUGAAUAUUUGAAACAAUGGCAACCAGUCCUUAUCUAUACCAUAGAAGUUGUUAUUCCAAAUAUGAAAAUAAGAAGAGAAAGAGCCUUAUUAGCUUCCCACACAUUUUUUGCUUUAUUAUCAAUGCAAUCUAGUUUGGUUCUUCUGAAAGAAAUUUUUACAAAUCUUUUGAGUUCUAAAUGUAAUGAAAUAUAUAUUUUCGAUAAAAGAUAUGAUACCGCCGAAUUUGAAUUAUUUAAGCUAAUUUGUACUUAUGGGUAUUUACAAGUAAAUCGGAAUGAGAUAUAUUCUAAUGAUGUUUGUUUUCUCAUUUUUGAUGUUAUAUAUGAGCAUUGUAUUCAAUAUACUAAACAUUCUUAUUUUGCAUACAAAAUAUUAUACAUGUGGUUGCUGAAAACAAUUAAUACAGAGAAUAAUUUUUGGACCACAUAUUCAGAGUUAGAGCAGAAACUUGAAGAAAUUAUUUUUUCAAAUUGGUGUAAUGCUAUCAGUGAAAUAAGUAAGCAAAAUUCAGGACUUAUUUUUAAUAUGUACCUAAAAGUUAUGGAAAGAAAAUAUAGUGGAUACUUAAAAUAUUUGUUUAAGCAUUGUGUUGAUACAAUUUCUUGGCAAAACGAGUUAAAGUAUGAUAUACUCGCGGAAAUUUGUAAAGUUUGGAACAAAACUAAAAUCAUUACAUCUUAUAAUUUUCUACUUUCCUUAUGUAAUAGUUUGACAAAACAUUACUUAUGUUCGGCUGGUACAAAAGUUUAUCUUGCAAUUGUAAAAAAAUUAAGCGAAAAUGAGUGGAAAGAAGCAUUUAGGGAUAUAAUGUACUAUCUCUUUCACCAUUGGGAAUCGUCAGAAAAUGAAAAUCAUAAUGCACUUCAAUUACUUUGCAAAUACUGGAUUGAACCAGUUGUUAAGAAAUAUAAAAACAUUUUGCCUUAUUUAUGGGAUUUAAUCAAAGAUAUAAAAGAACAUUUUUUACGUUCACAUCUUCAAAAAAUGGCUUGUGAAAUACAUGUUGAUCUUCCACAACAAGCAAGUAUAGAAUGUUAUAUAAACCAUAAUAAUGAGAUUGUGAGAUUGAAUGGAUUUGCCAUAAAUUGUUAUCAAGUAACCAAAUUAUACAAUGAAAAUAGAGAUCAAUUUCUUAAAAUAAGAAAUUUUUUAUGGCAUAAUGCAAAUAGUACAACAGUGUGUAUGAGAGAUGGAAUUGUAAAAUAUUUUAAGAUAUUUUAUGCUAAUGUUUUAAAAAUGUGUGAUAAUAAUCAAGAUUGCAUACAUGAUGUGUACUAUAUCACACAUUGGUUGCAUGAAUUUUUUUUGGAUUGUUUUGAAAUUGGUUCUUGUUAUCAAAGAAAGAUUCUUGGUUUAAAUUUAUAUAAAGCCACACUUUCAUUUAUGGAUGGACAUGUAAUAAAUAAACUUAACAAAAACUGGAAAUUUACGAAUAAGAAAAGUUUAUUUAUUUUAUUAAGGCUUGUAUUGGAUUCUAUGCUUGAUGUUAAACAAUUAACUACUUCUAUUAUUCUUAAUUAUUUUGAUAAAAAUAUUUUGUCUAAUGCAGAGAAACAAGUAUUAUUUCACACGGCAUUGAAAAGUUGUAAUUCCUCUAAAUUUUAUGAAAUAGAAAGUGGAGUAACCCUUAUAUCAAUUUUGGUAAACUGGCUACCUUUGAAUAUUUUACGAGAUCAUAAAGAUUGCAAUAAUCAUUUGAAAUAUUCAGACUUUUUAUUUAAUGAAGCUGCUAAUCAGUUAAUACAGAUGAAACAAGAUGUGCUAAAGGCAAUUGUUCAAAAUAAACCAUUUUAUGGUGUAAUGACUGCUCUAUUAAAUACUGCUUUCCAAAACUGUCAAAAAAAUUUCAGUAUAACUUUUGAAUUUACUGAAAAAAUUUUGUAUUUAUUGGAAGAUGCUGUACAUUUCUUCCUACAGAUACUUUCCUCAAAAUCAGAGAAUACAGAAUAUUCAUCAUCAUUUGCAGAAAUGGGAUUAGCAAUUAAUGAAACAAUAAAAAAUAGUGAAAUAGAUAAUAUCUAUUUCAAUGAUUUAAGUUUAACUCCUGCACACCAGGUACUUAUUUCUUGUAUUUGGAUGUCUCUAAAGGUCUCCUGUGAAAUAGCUUCUGAAAUAGGUACAUUAAUGUAUUCUGAUGAUAUGGUCGAGCGUUCCACUAAUAUUAUUGCUACUGUAUUACUCAGGUGUAGACAUAAAGGUGUAGUGGAAGCUGCGGGUACAACGAUAGGGCAAUUAACAAGAUGUUUGUGUAAAAAUGCUAAAUAUUCUAAUUUACCAAAAACACAUAUAUUGCAUACACUAGAAAAUGAUUCUAUGCAUUCGUUAAAUAUUACCAGAAGGGGUGCUGGAUUAUCAAUAAUGUUUCAUAGAAUUGUCGUUAGUGAUAAUCGGCAAGAUAGACCUCUUUUACAUUUUGCGGUACAAAAAUUGCUAGAUCUACUGGAUAAUAUUUCGGAUGAUAGUUUGAAAAAUAUAGAAUCGCAACACGAUUCUCCGUGGGCAAGAUAUUUGCAUUUUUUGCGGGCAUUAGUAGCCGACAAAGAAAUACACGCACAGUUAACUCCGUACAUGGAGAGAAUUUCACUAACAUGUUUUAGAUAUUUAGAAUCUGAAAUAUGGACUAUCAGAAAUGCAAGUCUACAAUUAUUUGGCUCAAUAGUUCCGAGAUUAAUAGGCCAAAGUUACAGGGACAAAUUAGAUUUUGGAAAUGGUUAUUCAAUUAAUCAUUUCGUUACACAUUAUCCUGUACUCGCAGAUUAUGUUAUGAAAGAAUUGCAUAGAUUUUCGUUCACGUUUAAAAAGUUUUCUACUGCUUUAUAUUUACAUUCAAAUAUUAUUCAUAUCCUUAUACUCCUUUCAAAAUUUUCAAGCAGCACUUGCAACUUAAUCGAUUAUUCCUCACAAACAUACAUAUAUCAAAUAAAAUAUUUACUUUGUAUGCUGUUUGAAAAUCCUGUUUUAUAUGUUCGCCUUUUAGCUGCAAAAGCAUAUGCAGCAUUAACAGACUUCUUACAAAUUAAAUAUGAAUUUAAGAAAUUAAUGCGCGAUGUUUCCAUCUGCCGAAAUGUUAAUUUAAUCCAUGGUUAUUUGUUAACCAUGAAAUUUCUGAACGACAAGUUAUCUAGUGAAAUCGAAAAUAUAAAUUUGUGUUCAAAUAUUGAAUAUAGGGAUUAUGGUUUAAAACAGUCUUCAGAAUUACUACGAUUUCGAAAAGUUUUACAAAUUUGGAGCAAAAUAUCCAAAGGAGAGAAUAAUUCGCAAAUAUGUUAUGUACUGGAAACGUUAUUUCUGCAAUUAAAAAAAUUUAUUUCUAAUGAUAUAUCUGAUAAAGACGUAUUUCUUUUUAAUAGUAACAGAUCUUUACUCUUUUCUGAGAAAAUAAAACCGGGUUUUUUUCAAUUUAUUGAUCUUUCUAUAGAAUUAUAUGCUGACUAUAUAAAUCGUACAAAUAAUAUUAAUAUUGAUAUUGUUCAUGAAAUUUUAUACUCUGUUUGCAUUGAUCAAAGUAUUGCUUUUUUAAACCAUGUAUCACAUUGCUCGCCAAUUUUGAAGAUUGUACUUAAACGUUUAUUGUUGGACAGUUGGGAUCAUAACGAAUUAUUUUUAAAUGCAAUGAUAAAUUACGUUUUGGAAACCUUGAAAUACAUACCGUUAUUAGAUAUAAGUGAAUUAGAUAUUGAAAGUAUAAUAGAAAAUUCAUUUAUUGAAAAAUUAAAACCCACAAAAUAUUCUAAUUUAUGGUGUUUAAAAUGUAUACUACUACUCUUUUCCCGAAACGAGACAAUGAUAAAUGACGUACUGUUCCAUGCUCUUAAUUUAAGUGUUCAUGAAGAAGAACAUAUGAGACGAAUUGCAACUGAAUUUAUGCAAUUCGCGGUUUAUCGGUUUGCGGAAUUAACAAACAAAAAUAAGUUAACCAUCUUACAUUGUUGUUUAAUUCUGCUAAAAGAUGAAAUUAUAGAAAUACGAAAAGUUAUUGCAGAAAAUUUAAGAACUCAUGUUUUACAGAUAAUUAGUAGUGAUUAUAGUACUUUAAAACAUGACGAAUAUAUAUAUCAAAGACUAUUAUCCGACGUAAUUCUUGGAAAACUAAAUUUUUCUAUGGAUGUCAAUAUGAAUCUAUUUUUCAUAAAAUUAUUCACACACGAUAUUAAGGAUUUUGAUAAUAAUACAACAAUUGAAAACCCUUUCUACCAUGAUGAUAAUUCUUGUUAUAAAGAAAAGUCAAAGUUUCUAAAUCUUUGUUUUUAUUACACGAAACGAAAGAAAUACAGCUAUAGCGACUACCCGAUAGAAGAUUAUACAAUAGGAUAUGAUAAUAAAAAGUAUGUAGAUAUUCUAAAUGAUGUUGAUACGAAAUAUCAACUGCAAAUAAAAAGUUACUUCGAUGAUACUAAUUUAGAAGCUGUUUUAAAUACAAAAUAUGUAGAUUAUUUAUUAAAGAAAAAAGAAAUUGUAAUACAG